AGAGGUUUUCGCUGGGAGGUGGAGGAGUGUUGCAGCUGGGCUUUGCUCCUGCGAGCGUGCCGGGUGUCGCGUGUGGGGGAAUUUGUGUGCAGUGAACCCCCUGGAUAUAUUUAAAUCAUUUGAGUGGCGUGCAUUCUGUGGUAGGCUAUAGCAGUCUGGAUUAGAUCUAGGCACAGGUUCGUGGGUUUCCGGACAGUGUUGCCUCCUCGCGUGGUGGGAGGUUUGUUAGCCCAGAAAUCCCUGAGAGUGACCAAAGAUGGCGACCACUAUAACCGCACAACAAGCGCGGAUUGACCACCAAAUGGCUAUCACGAGGGACUACAUAUCGCAACCCCGACUGACGUACAAGACGGUGUCGGGCGUGAACGGUCCGCUGGUGAUUCUGGAUGGCGUCAAGUUCCCCAAGUUCGGCGAGAUCGUGAACCUGACGCUGGGCGACGGCACCGACCGGCAGGGCCAGGUGCUGGAGGUCAGCGGCUCCAAGGCCGUCGUGCAGGUGUUCGAGGGCACGUCGGGCAUUGAUGCCAAGAACACCAUCUGCGAGUUCACGGGCGAUAUCUUACGCACGCCCGUCUCCGAGGACAUGUUGGGUCGCGUCUUCAACGGCUCCGGCAAGCCCAUCGACAAGGGGCCGCCCGUGCUGGCUGAGGACUUCCUCGACAUCCAAGGCCAGCCCAUCAACCCGUGGUCGCGCAUCUACCCGGAGGAGAUGAUCCAGACGGGCAUCUCGGCCAUCGACGUCAUGAACUCGAUCGCUCGCGGGCAGAAGAUCCCCAUCUUCUCGGCGGCCGGCCCAACAAGUCGGUGAUGGACGACCACAGCGACAACUUCGCCAUCGUGUUCGCCGCCAUGGGCGUCAACAUGGAGGCGGCGCGCUUCUUCAAGCAGGACUUCGAGGAGAACGGCAGCAUGGAGAACGUGUGCCUGUUCCUGAACCUGGCCAACGACCCGACCAUCGAGCGCAUCAUCACGCCGCGGCUGGCGCUCACCACGGCCGAGUUCCUCGCCUACCAGUGUGAGAAGCACGUGCUGGUCAUCCUGACGGACAUGACGUCGUAUGCCGAGGCGCUGCGCGAGGUGUCGGCCGCGCGCGAGGAGGUGCCCGGCCGGCGCGGCUUCCCCGGCUACAUGUACACCGAUCUGGCCACCAUCUACGAGCGCGCCGGCCGCGUGGAGGGCCGCAACGGCUCCAUCACGCAGAUCCCCAUCCUCACCAUGCCCAACGACGACAUCACGCACCCGAUCCCCGACCUGACGGGCUACAUCACCGAGGGCCAGAUCUACGUGGACCGGCAGCUGCACAACCGACAGAUCUACCCGCCCAUCAACGUGCUGCCGUCGCUCAGCCGGCUCAUGAAGUCGGCCAUCGGCGAGGGCAUGACGCGCAAGGACCACGCCGACGUCUCCAACCAGCUGUACGCGUGUUACGCCAUCGGCAAGGACGUGCAGGCGAUGAAGGCGGUGGUGGGUGAGGAGGCGCUGACGCCCGACGAUCUGCUCUACCUCGAGUUCCUCACCAAGUUUGAGAAGCACUUCAUCACACAGGGCAACUACGAGAACCGCUCCGUGUUCGAGUCGCUGGACAUCGGCUGGCAGCUGCUGCGCAUCUUCCCCAAGGAGAUGCUGAAGCGGAUCCCGGCCAGCACUAUCGCCGAGUUCUACCCGCGCGACAACAAGAGCACGGCCGACAACAGCUGAGCGGCGGCCGGCCCAGUAGCGCCGCGCCGCGGCUGGCCGCCGAACUACAGCCGGCGGCCGGCG